GCUGAACACGGUCACAUGGCUUCACCUCAGUCUAACUGCACACUUACAAACUACAAUUGUCUCUAUAUAUUCAUCCAUGCCUCAAAUUUUAGUUACCUAUCUAUCUCAGCAACAAGCUUAUAUAUGAUGCCCUAAAAUGCUCUCUAGGUAGACAGCUCAUGGUUUUUGAGAGGCAAUCAGUGAAUCUGAUACUCACACAUCUCAGUAUAUACAGACGUUGACAGUACCUGGUACCUAGGAAAAGUCAAAGUAAUGUGACCAGAGGGCUGUCGACAAGAUGUAGAUGUUUGUCUAACAGACGGCCAGGUCAGCAUGAAACCCACGUGUCUUACAGAUUAGAAACGGGCAUAGCCGAGUCUCUCUCUCGCCUGGCGGUUGCUGUAUCAUUGAUUUAAUGCUGAAUGAACGCUGACUCUUGAGCGAGGCUGCGAACCACGAGCAUGACAUGAAAUCGCGGUGAUGUGUCUGGUGCUAAUAUUUGGAGGCAGCAUUUAAUUCCGUUUCCAGAGCAGACUAUUUUUAACCUUAACGUUUCUGUUGGAUGCGAUGUCCUAUCUGAACCCCCGGGGAAGAGAGCUCGAGCGUUUUGAUGGACUUUCGCUCAUUUACUGGACACUGAUGGGUCCGUAUGGAGGAGAUCGAGCAGUGCAUUCCAUGGAGUUUACAGACUGCGAGAAUGGAUUAGGAAUCAAAGUGUUCGGUGGUGUUAAAGAACUAACAGGAGAUGAAUAUGGCGUUUAUGUGAAGAGGAUCUUACCUGGUGGUCUUGCUUCCAGUGAUGGAAACCUGCAGCCUGGAGACCAAAUCUUGGAGGUGAAUGGCGAAAGCUUGAUUGGCGUGACAAGUGAACGAGCGGUGGACAUUCUUAGAGCAGCAUCCUCAACCAAUCGUAUGCGCCUUCUCAUAGCCAGAGAUGAGGAAGCCAGGAGAGAAUUUGCAGAGCUCCUUGAAAAAUACGGCUCAAACAGCAGCACAGGAUCUAACAGGAAUUCACCUAUUCAGCAUACAGGCAGAUACUUGGACAGCACAUCAUCAGGGUCUUCAUCCAGAUCUCAGAGUCCUCUAUUGCUUAGUCCUGCUGGGUCUCAGAGUAACUACAACAAUACAGGACCCUUGCUACGCUCCCUAAGUCACCCAGGUGAAGGGGUGAUUCAGCUGAUAUCAGUCGCUCGCUCCUGCAGUCUGGGUAUUACAAUCGGCGGUGGCUCCAACAGACCUGAUGGCCCUGCAGUUUUCAUCCAGGAAGUGCUGUCUGGAGGAGAUUGUCAUCGGGAUGGACGGCUCAGACCUGGAGAUCAGCUUAUCGCCAUUAACAAGGAGUCAUUGAUCGGAAUCACGUAUGAGGAGGCCAAAAGUGUGCUCAAUAAAGUCAAAUUCAGACAGGAACCAGUGGUGGAUAUUGCCUUCAUCCCAGGAAAAGGACCUUUUUCCAACAGCCCAUUGUUGCAUAAUGGAGUUCAGAGGGGGGUUGGGAACGGAUACAACUCCAGCCGGUUAAAGGUUCAUGUCCGAUCUCCUGAGAUGCGACUAGAGGAAACAGCUCCAGUGCUUUCAUCCUCCCCGGAUAUCUGCCCUCCAGACAUACAGGUUUCAGCCUCCACUGUGCAGAGACAAGCCACUGUUUCCAAACCCAAGAUCUCACUGGACCCCCACAUACGGCUCAAAUCAGAGAAGCUCGAUCUGGCUCUGUCGUACCUGGGUCUGGAUGUAACAGAUGAGAAGCAGCGGCAGCUCAGAGAGAGUCUCACUACAGACCCUCAGGGAACGGUAUCGUAUGGAGACUUUGUGGAAGCCACCCGCAGUGUUUAUCAGGAGAAGCUGGAGGAGGCGGGACUGGGACAGGGUCCCUUCAUGUUCUCCUAUCAGGAAGCAGCUAGUUUGAUGGACACCUCUGCUUUUCAUUCCCCAACCUAUGAGUCAGAGUGCAGCUACAGCAGUGAGGAACUCGAGGAGUUUCAGACUGAAGUCAAACAACUCCAGCUGCAAAUGAAACAACUUAAGGUGUUACUGAAAGACACAGAAGACAGCAAGAAGACUCUGGAGGAGGAACUGCAGAAGACGGCUGAGAAGGCCACAGCCACAGUGGAGGAGAAUAAGUCUCUGAAGAGCAAGCUGCAAGUAGCAGAGGCUGUUCAGAGACAGACUAACAGUGCCGAGCAAGACUAUGAGGAGGUCAUUCAGCUCCUGGAGGCUGAAAUCAAAGAUCUGAAGAACCAACUCGCUGGAAAGAAACAGAGAGACCUGGAGGCUACCAAGGAGGAUGUGAUGGAGCUGAACAGGAGGCUCAGCAUCAUUGACAGCCAGUUAAGAAGGUCUGAACUCACUCGGAAACAUCUGGAGAUAUCCAACAAGAAGCUGCUCGGCUUUGCACAGAAUGUCCACAAAGUUCUCACUAAUUCCAGCUUAUUUGGGAUUGAAAGUGGGUGCGCACAAGCGUCUCCAGUGACCGACAGCCCCGACACACCCUCCCCGAUCCCAGACCCCGCCUGCCAGCUCGCAGCUGAGGCCAAAGUGCUUGUAGAUGGUGUCUGCUCACUUUGCACUGAGGAUCACACAUUAGUGCAGUAUGUAGAGGGAGACGUGAAGGCUGAAGAGGACUGUGAUUCAGACCUCGUUCAGUGGCCACAGCCUCCUGUCCUCGGGGCUCCUGCAGUAGAGCGGAGAGGUCAGUAGAGCAUCUGGGAUGGACAGACAAACCGGGCUCAUCAAGGUCAAACUGCACCUAUACUGUGGAAAAUAAGAGACUGUGAAGAUUUGCAGUGUGGUUUGUACUCUUUCAAGCGGUUAUCAGACGCCUGAGCUCUACUGAUCAAAGUCAUACUCAUUUUUUAAAGCAGUCCGUGUACAUAUUAAACAUGUAGCAGUACUGAGUGUCAUUACAUAAAGGCAGAAACCAACCAAGGGAAUUACAAUCUGAAACACAGACAUCAGUUAACAGCAGAGGCGACUUUGAGAUGCUCAAAAGUGAUUUCAGCCGUGUCUUAUAACACUUAUAGCAGAUGAAGCAGUUACCACACACAGUUAAGAAGAUGAUCUCAUUCAGCCGGUAUAUUUCCCCAUUUCAACGACUGUAAUGAAAACACAUGUGGCUGUGCAGCUGACCUCUUUAUUAGAGUUAGGUAUAUUAUACAGUACAUGUAUUACAUUUCACUUUAGGGAUCUUCGGGACAGUCCCCACUCUUCAUCAUUUGAUAUGAUGCUUAUUUGUAUCUGUUCUGAAAAGUGCUAUGAUGUUUUAAAGAUUUUAUAUUUUCGGUCCAAAUCUUUUAUUAUUCAGAGACACGUAGACACGCUCGCUUCUAAGUAUGUGCGCGGUUGCCGUCAUAAACCUUGUAAAUCUCGCCGUCGAACCCUUCGAUGUCCUCUUCAUGUCUUUGCCGAUCAUGUCAGUCUACGCUGGGACGCAUUUGCGGUGCAGGUCAGUCCAAUGUCACCCAGCAUCCACUGCAUUACGAUCAGUUAUGGUCUGUUAAGUGCUUUGGGGGGAUCCUUCGUGGUUUGUUUAGUUGAUGGACGUUGAUUGCUCCAUCUCGCCGUCUUUGGGACUAAACUGAUUGUUCUAGGGGGGAUUUUUCUUGUCAUGGUACUGGUGUCGAGUAAUGGGAGUCAUAUUGCAGUGUUUCUAUCCAUUCAUCUGAACAAUGCACAUGGUUCGGGUUACUGUUUUCAUAAGCACACUGUAUUCGGCUGUUUUGUCUUGCCGUAUAGGAUCUACAGUCACUUAUAUCAAUGUGUAAUAAGCUGGUGUCAUUCAUUUCCUGAGGAUAGAGGUGUACGGUUAUGCAGAUGGUUUGUUGAUAUUAAUAACAGCACAUGCUUUGCAAAUGCUGACAUGUAGUCUCGUGAUUUAACUAGAUUGCAUCAUAUGUGUGGCCUAAAUAUCUUUCUUUUAUUGUUUUUAUUAAAGUCGGAACAAAUGUGUGA